AUGCCCUAUUUGAAAGGCUUGAACGGGUCACAGAAAGAAGAAAGGGGAGACGAACUUUUUGAAAAUAUUGGUACUUCUAUUAUUACAUAUCUUUAUUCGGAAAACAAUUCACAAGCGACAAUCAUUGAGUACAAACAAGGAAAUGCCCAAGACAAUAUUAAACCAACUCAUUAA